AUGCAGCUCCUGGUGGUCCUGGCGGCUCUCAUGGGGGUUCUGUUCAGCGUGAGGGCAGCGGUCCUGCUCCCCGUGGAGGACCGGACCAACUUCCACAGCAGCAGGGAGCUCAGCAAGGAGCGUAAGGAGCUGAUCCUGAAGCUGGUGUCGGGGCUCCUGGAGGGGGCCCCUGACUCCAACAUGCUCCCAGGGGAGCUGUCGGACAGCCUGCUGGAGCUGGAGGAGCCUCUGGAGUCCCGUCUGGAGGAGCGGGCUGUCUACAACCGGCUAUCGCUGCCCCAGCGCGACCGCAAAGCCCCGUGUAAAAACUUCUUCUGGAAGACCUUCACGUCCUGCUAA